AUGUCCCAAAGUCAAAAGACCUUUCAGCUUAAUACUGGUGCCCAUAUUCCGGCUAUUGGAUUCGGGACAUGGCAGGAUGAGGAUGCCCAGGAGGCCGGAGUUCUUCAAGCACUUCAACGGGCUAUCCUACGGGGCAACUAUUUGCUCGAGAUAGCGGUCGAUAUGCUUCGCACUAAAAAGUCAGUCGGCGGUACCGAUCAAUAUGUGCUUGAUGAGGUCCUCGAUAAAGUGGUACAGGAUGAUGAUGAUACCGAAGGAACUCCCCAAUGGGCCAUUGAGGAGUCAGCAUCACGCCAUAUCUCGACACCUACUCUCGCUACAGCCCAUUACCUGCGCGUCGCUAGUGGCAACCGAGAGGAAAGGCUAGUGGCAGCCAAAACGCUCCGACUGCCGAAACCUAGCCUAAUACAAGGGAUCAACGACAAAGAGAAGGAAAGUCUCGUCGACGAUUUACACGACGCCCUGUAUUGCACUUUUCUAUCCUCAUUCUGCCAAGGGUUAGAACUGAUCAAGAAAGCCUCAGAUGACGAAAAUUGGGAAAUUGACCUAGCCCAAUGUCUCCGGAUCUGGCGUGGUGGGUGUAUUAUUCGGUCUGAGGGUAUAGCCGAUCUCUUAGAGCCAGUGCUCUCAACUGAAAAGUUCUGGACGAACUUGAAGCAAUCCGAUAUAGUUACCCAGGAGCUACGCCGGACAUACAACUCUUUAAAGGCAACAGUUAUCCAGGGGUGUUUGCACGAUCAAUAUUUGCCUGCAAUUUCUGCAACCUUGGAAUAUUUGAAGUAUGUGGGUGGAACGAAGCUGCCCACCAAAUUCAUGGAAGGCCAAAUGGACUUUUUCGGAUCACACGGCUACAACAAGCCCGGUGUACCUGGUGAGGACCCAGGGCCAGUUGGCAAAGGUCCUCAUCACUACGAGUGGCGACCGGCAGAAACAUAA